AAGGCAGAUGAGAUCGUGUGGCGAGAAAAGAGGAAAUAGAAGCGGCCGUGCAGCGGAAGUGCUACUGCCCUGAGAUAUACGCUCUACGAGACGGAGGACGGAGGCUUUAACGUCUAGAGAGAGAGUUGAAAUAAUCAGGAUUAAAAGUCGCCAAUAUUUCUAGAAAAUGGAUAAGAACGACCUGGUACAGAAUGCAAAGCUUGCCGAGCAGGCUGAGCGCUAUGAUGACAUGGCCGCAGCCAUGAAAAGCGUGACGGAGCAAGGUACGGAGCUGUCAAACGAGGAGCGGAACCUUCUCUCAGUUGCCUACAAGAAUGUGGUCGGAGCCCGCCGCUCAUCCUGGCGUGUCAUCUCCAGCAUUGAGCAGAAGAUCGAAGGCAACGACAAAAAAAAACAGAUGGCACGUGAAUACCGGGAGAAGAUUGAAUCCGAGCUGCAGGAGAUCUGCCACGAUGUGCUUGGGCUACUGGACCAGUACCUCAUUGCCAAUGCAUCUAGUUCUGAAGGCAAGGUGUUUUAUCUGAAAAUGAAAGGGGAUUACUACAGAUACCUGUCUGAGGUUGCAUCCGGGGACACCAAAAAGGAUACAGUGGACAAUUCCCAGCAGGCGUACCAGCAAGCUUUUGACAUUAGCAAGGGCGAUAUGCAGCCAACACACCCCAUCAGGCUUGGCCUGGCCCUCAACUUCUCCGUCUUCUACUAUGAAAUCCAAAACAACCCGGAAAAGGCUUGCAGUCUGGCAAAGACGGCGUUUGAUGAAGCCAUUGCUGAGCUUGACACCUUGAACGAGGAUUCCUACAAAGACAGCACCCUGAUCAUGCAACUACUAAGGGACAACUUGACUCUGUGGACAUCAGAAAACCAGGGUGACGAGGGAGAGACCGGAGAAGGGGAAAACUAAUGGAAUUGCACUGUUAAUCCACCUACACUCUUAUCUUAAAACACAGACAGCUUAUAUACAUCCCCCCUUCCACUCCAUCAGCCCCUUCCUCUUCUGUAUGACAAGCAGCCUGAAUUGCUCCUGACCAACUAGUUUACCCAUCUCAGUUCACUGUGAGGUGACAGGGUCAUUUUCAGUUGUUAGUACAUUCAGUCACUUUGUAGAAACUUGUAUUGAUUAGUGGGUCCAUGUUUCUUGUUUUUGUUAGCUUUGUGUGUAAGUCGGCUCCUUUUUGCAGUGAGCAAGUGUGAGUGUAAAAGAUAUUGUGUGUGUUGGCGCGCGUUUGUGUGUGUGUAUGAGAUGGGGGGGGGGGGGGGGAGAAGGGGAGGUGUUGUGAAUUUUAAUCGUCAUUCUAAUUCCUUUGUCCCAGAAAGUUUGACGCAUUUCACCCACCCCCUUUCUUUUUGUUACUUUUUAUUAUUGUGAUUCCUCAUGGUAUUUACAGGUUUUAUUGUAUGGUUUUAUUGUAUGGUAAUUAAACUGGCAAACACUGUGACGGUGGGUGUUCCAUUUGCUUCACAACCCAAAAGCAGUGUGUGUUCGGAAACACGUACAAUCCUGAAUCCAACUUACUGCAAUUCUGCUGUGGGCUCAUACAGAAAGGAGGCCGGCUGUAUUGUGACACUGACAUCUGAGUGUAAUGCCCCUCCAUCGUUUUCACACAACUUUAAAGGGAUCCCCUAAAUUACCAAGUGUCAUUGUUCAGACAUUCCACAUUACAAAGCUGUUAGAACGGGGUUUCUUUUCCAAAGUGCAGAUUGACUGUGUAGUUUGACUUGUCAUCAGCUGUAUGUGUAACCUAUAGUAACCUUUUUGAUGUUAUUCAAAAAUGUUUGACCACAUUGUUUCAACCUUGCCUGCAAAAAUCUCUUGUCUCAAAGUGAUUGAUUUCUCCAUGGGAAAAAAAACAUUUUGGUGCCUGGCUUAACCUGUUUAAUCCAUUUUGGUGUUCCCAAAUAGUUGACUGCGGAAUUUGGACGAAACAAAUUAAAAUUCCGAAAUCAUUUGAAGGUGCCAUUUCAUCUUUUCAAAGAAGCUCAGUGUCACAAUACCAUUUAUCACCACUACAUUCCACAUAUUGUAGUUGAAAACACCAUUCCACGUUAUAGCUGACAGCCUGUUUGUUCUGAUAAAGCUCAGAGGAAUUGAAAUAAUGUUUUUUGUUCAUUAAAAAAAGUCAGUUUCAUUAUGCUUGACGAAAAUGCAGUUAGUGAAUGUGGAACGAAGCCUGUCUGUAUAUCUGGUAUCUACUUGCUUUGUUUUUACUGACAAGUCUUAUGGCUAAAAUUUGCUUCUGUAACAGUCUAUUACCCAGUGCACACACGUGGUUGUGAAACUUUAGAAUAGGUCUAAAAAGCAAUGAUGACUUGGAGAUAAACAAUGGUCGGUGUAAUUCUAGCUUUGUGUUAUGUAUCUUAAAACCAUUCUAGUUUCACUAUACAUGUAAUAAAUAGGAACGUGUCAAAGACCAUUCAGUGAAAUAAAGAUUCGUUUAAGAUAA